GUCCGAGACUUCUUCUGUCCCUUCCAAGACCCGGCCACAGGCAUGAGGGGCCCCCGGCCGAGAUGACAGUGCUGGCACCAGCCUGGAGCCCAGCUACCCCCCUGCUGCUGCUGCUGCUGCUGCUCAGCCCCGGCCUCCGCGGGACGCCGCACUGCGCCUUCGAACACAGCCCCAUCUCCUCCACCUUCGCCGACACCAUCCGCACGCUGUCUGACUACCUGCUUCUGGAUUACCCGGUCACUGUGGCCUCCAACCUGCAGGAAGAGGAGCUGUGCGGCGCACUCUGGCGCCUGGUGCUGGCGCAGCGCUGGAUGGAACAGCUCAAGACUGUGGCUGGGUCCCAGAUGCAAGGCCUGCUGGAGGCCGUCAACACCGAGAUAGUCUUUGUCACCACAUGUGCCUUUCAGCCCCUCCCCAGCUGUCUUCGCUUCGUCCAGACCAACAUCUCCUGCCUCCUGCAGGACGCCUCCCAGCAGCUGGUGGCUCUGAAGCCCUGGAUCACCCGCCGGAAUUUCUCUCCGUGCCUGGAGCUCCGGUGUCAGCCCGACCCCUCCACCCUGCCGCCCCCACAGAGUCCUGGCGCCUGGGGGGCCACAGCCCUGCCAGCGCCCCAGCCACCUGUCCUGCUGCUGCUGCUGCUGCUGCCAGUGGCCCUGGUGCUGCCAGCCACCGCCUGCUGCCUGCGCUGGCGAAGGACGAGGCGGAGGACACCCUGCCCUGGGGAGCAGGCUCCCCCCACCUCCAGUCCCCAGGAUGUGCUACUUGUGGAGCCCUGACCUCCUGGGGCCUCAUCUCGCCCCGUGAGACAGACGCAUCUAUCAUCCCAUUUUACAGAGGAGGACACUGAGGCCCAGAGUGGGGAGUCACCUGCCAGAGGAUGCACAGCCGGG